AUGACAAUCGACGUGUACGUCCACCAAAACUUAGUCAAAAGUUUCAUAUCCAAAAUGCUUAAAGUAGAAGAAAUGGUAGUAGAAAAUGUAGUAAAAACCUUUGAUAAAGACAAAGAAAGUACAGAGGAUGAUAUCAGAACCAUUCAGAAGUGGAUAAAUGAACAGCCGCACUUUUUGCAACCUUUAGAACGAAGAAGUAUUACGAACUUUCUAAUUCUUAAUAAAUUUAGUAUCGAAAAAACGAAACAGAAAAUUGACAACUAUUACACAACCAGGACCAAGUUGGAAGAGAUUUACAAGGAAAUCACUCCUAAAUUUUCAUCAUUCGUGCAAGAAUUUACUCAGAUAGCUUACUUUCUUGCACAUCCGCAAUUACUCGAUUACAACAGAGUAUACUUCUUUAAGAUUCGCAAUCCAGAUUUAACGGAACAGUUAGACAAUUACGUGAUGGCACGUUAUCUUGUGGCUUGUCAAGAAAUAAGAUUGAGACAUGAUGUCAUGAAUGGUGAUAUAUUCGUUGUCGACUGUAAACAUCUACCUUCAUCCUUCUUUUUAAAGUUAACACCGACGUUUCUAUACAAAUUUGUAUUUAUGAUUUAUCAGCAAAUUUAUUCCAUUCGAAUGAAAGCUGUCUACGUAAUCAACUUUCCUUCAUUUGGGGAAACACUAGUAAAAAUUGUAAAGACGGUCAUAAAGAGAAAAAUUUUUGAAAGAAUACAUUUCCUCUCGGAAGGGAGUCUAAUCAAUGAAAAGUUUCCUGAAGAUUUUUUACCAGUGGAUUUUGGUGGAAAAGGAAUAUCGCUUGAGAAACUACAAGAAAUAGCGGAUCUCGAAUUUGAGCAAUAUCUUAAUUUGUUCGAUUAUAAUUAUCUUGGAAAAUUCAAGGUUGAUGAAAAUCUCCGACCGGCGAAAUUGGAAAAUGACGAAAUGCUGGGGUUCCACGGCAAUUUCAAAAAGCUGAAUAUUGAUUAGUUGAGGAAGGAAGUUGUUAUGUUUAUUUUUAUGGUAUCAAAGGUUUAAUUAUGUGACUAAAUGGCAAUCUGAA